GGCAUUUAUUAUCUCUCCAGUGGAUAACACUCUGCGCAUUGGAUAGGUCUCCUCUCCUGGACCUCGCAGUUGGGUGCUCACGAGCUUGUAACCAUGGCUGCCUCCCUCACCUCUUCUUUCCAAACCAGCUAUUUGAAGUCUGUUUUCCUGGGCGAGAGAACCAAGAUCAGUGUUGCCCAUAUUCCUGCUGCUCAUGUUAAUUUCCUGAGGAAGACUAUAGAAUGCAAGGAGUCUCGAAUUGGGAAGCAACCGAUUGAAGUGCCAUCAAAUGUGACAAUCACAUUAGAAGGGAAGGAUUUAAAAGUGAAGGGCCCACUGGGAGAACUUGCAUUAACAUACCCUCGAGAAGUAAUACUUGAGAGGAUGGAAUCUGGAAUCCUAAGGGUUAGAAAGGCAGUGGAAACUAGAAGGGCAAAUCAAAUGCAUGGGCUUUUCAGGACCCUUACAGACAAUAUGUUGGUAGGAGUAUCUAAAGGUUUUGAAAAGAAGCUCCAACUGGUUGGUGUUGGUUAUCGUGCAGCAGUAGAAGGAAAAGAUUUGAUUUUGAAUCUUGGAUUUUCUCAUCCAGUCAAGAUGGCGAUCCCCGAAGGCCUCAAGGUGAAGGUUGAAGAUAACACGAGAAUCACAGUGAGCGGAUAUGACAAGUCUGAGAUUGGCCAAUUUGCUGCUUCAGUAAGGAGAUGGAGACCACCAGAACCAUACAAAGGCAAGGGUAUCAAAUAUGCUGAUGAAGUUGUAAGAAGAAAGGAAGGAAAGGCAGGAAAGAAAAAGUAGCAAACAGAGGCUUCACUUUCUUGUUUGUGUUUGUCUCCAAGACUUCCUCAUUGGCUAGUAUUUAAAAAAAUUAAAUACGCCGGUUGCAUCAAAUUCAUAUCGAUUAGCCAGAAUCCCUUUAUUUUUAUGGAUAGUCAUGAUCUUAAAGCAUCUGAAUCAUUGUAGAGUUAUUAUUACAUACGGCAGACGGCAUGCAUUGUAAAUGAUGUUGUUCAAUUUCUGGCAUGCUAGUUGGUCAUUCAGAGUGUCGUUUAUAAAUUUAUAAAGUAAUUCAAAGGCAAAAGAUUUUUGGUUUA